AAAUCCAAACUCAUUUCUACUGAAUUUUUCUCUCAUUUCUCAGUAAUUGUUCUCUCCGAUUAUUCUCGCUCGAAAUUUCGCUUUCUCGAGCUCUCUCUCCGAUUCUCUGACUUCGAUUCUCGAUACAGUUCUCAAAAGUCGUAGCUUCUGAUUUCGAAGAAUGAGCGACGCCAUGGCAGGUCCAUCAAGCAGACCUCAACGUCAAGCCAUUGACUUAAUUUCAGCAGUAAAAGAAUUACACAGGCUCAGCUCUCUGGAGCUUAAUAAGCUAAUCAGAGAGUCUCGGAAUAAUAUCCUUCACAUCGUCACUGAAACUGGGUCAUCUAUUCAGAUUGAUGUGGAAAACCUCGCAAGAUAUCUUCCGAUGCAUCUUAUGGCAAGGAUGAUGAUGUUGGCUGAAAGAGACGAAGCCUUGUUCCAAUACUUGUUAUGUGGAGUUCGAUUAUUGCAUUCCUUGUGUGAUCUAGCACCUAGACAUUCCAUCCUUGAGCAGAUUCUACUUGAUGAUGUGAAAGUAUCAGUGCAGCUUCUUGAUUUGAUUAUUUUUCUGCUUAUUUUUCUCAGCAAUUAUAGACAGGAACACCACACUUCAAGUCCUAUGCCCCUAUUGCAUUCAGCUUUAGUGGCCUGUAGUCUAUAUCUAUUAACAGGGUGUAUUUCUUCUCAGUGGCAAGAACUUGCUCUUGUUUUGGUUAGUCACAGUCAGGUCGAUGUAUUUAUGGAUACAGCUUUUGCAGCACUUCGUCUGGACAUCAAGUUUCUCCACAUCAAGCUGUCAGGUCAAUGUACUGAAGGAACAUUGAACUAUCUGUCCCAGCAGUGUGAGGCUUCUUUGCAGUUUCUUCAAUCAUUGUGUCAACAGAAGUUGUUCCGGGAGCGCCUUGUCAAGAAUAAGGAACUAUGUGGAAAAGGUGGUGUUUUGUUGCUAGCUCGAGCUAUUUUGAACCUAGAAGUCACACCAUUGUUUAAAGAGUCGUUCUCAGUUGUGGCUGCCAUUUCUAGGCUGAAGUCUAAAAUUCUAUCAAUUCUGUUGCAUCUCUGUGAAGCCGAAAGCAUAUCUUUCCUAGAUGAGGUUGCCAGAACUCCUCAAAGCAUGGAUCUGGCAAAGUCUGUUGCAUUAGAGGUUCUCGAGUUACUGAAGACUAUGAUUGUCAGAGAUCCCAAACAGCUUGCUUGCUCUGACAAAAAUUAUCCAACGGGGCUUUUACAACUGAAUGCAAUGCGCCUGGCAGAUAUCUUCUCUGAUGACUCAAAUUUUCGAUCUUACAUCAUGAUAUACUAUACAGAAGUUUUAACUGCAAUCUUUGCACUCCCACAUCAAGAAUUCUUGUCUAAUUGGUGCUCGUCUGAUCUUCCAACUCGGGAGGAAGAUGCUACUCUGGAAUAUGACUUAUUUGCGGCAGCUGGAUGUGUUUUGGAUUCAUCUUCAUCAUCUGAUUUACCGAAUGUAAUGAAUUCAGGACCCAAUUUUAUUCCUAUUAACAUUCCGUGGGCUUCAUAUGCACAUCAGAGAUCUUCUUUAUUGGUCAAAAUAAUAGCAAAUCUCCAUUGUUUUGUUCCAGAAAUCUGUAAAGAGGAGAAGGAUGUCUUCCUUGACAAGUUUCUGGAGUGCUUACAAAGGGAGCAGCCUAUAUCACCGGCUUCUGAUGCUGAAAAAGCUGUCACUGUUAGCAGCAACCUAUGUUCCUUGUUGAGUCAUGCAGAGUCUUUGACGCCUUCAUUUUUGAACAAGGAGGAUGUACAUCUAUUAAGGGUAUUCUUUAUGCAAUUAGAAUCACUGAUCACUUCAGCUGAAUUUGAAAAUCGAGUUCAGGAAAACAAAUUUGAGGGAUCGGAAUGCGGGGAUAAGUUAUCAAAACUCAAUAUCAGCGAACAUUUUCAGGAGAAUCAAAAAAGUGCAGGGGGAUGCUCAUCGCCCCUACUAGAUAACAUAGGUCCAGAUCAUACUAACAGAAUUGGUAACCUGAAAGAGGGAAUGUCAGAGAAAUUUGAUUUUCAAGAAGAGGACCAAUUAUAUGUCAGGAGCAGCUGUAUAGAUCAAACUGGUGAUAUGAUGCUGCAAGAUAAGGAGGAAGACAAAAGUAAAUAUGGUACGGAGGCUGGGGGCUUUAGGGAGAUUCAAAAUGUUGAAACAAGUGGGUCAGAUUCAAGCUCUACUCGAGAAAAGAACUCCAAAGAAAGUGGAAUUGGAGGAGUUCUAGAGGAUGAAAAGGUUGAAGAUGUUCAGUGCGAAGAGAAGCAGCAAAGAAAACGAAAGCGCACCAUAAUGAAUGAUGAACAGAUUGCUGUAAUUGAGAGGGCCCUUUUGGAUGAACCUGACAUGCAGCGCAACUUUACUUCAGUACAAUCAUGGGCUGAUAAAUUAAGUCUCCAUGGUUCUGAGGUUACAACUUCUCAGCUAAAAAAUUGGCUGAAUAAUCGGAAAGCCAGGCUAACCCGAGCAGCUAAGGAUGGUCGUGCUCCAUCUGUAGGGGACAAUGUUUUUCCUGACAAACAAGGUGUCUCAGGAAUUGUCUCACUAUGACUCAGCUGAGAGUCCUGCUGAGCAUGUUUAUAUCCCAUCAACUGCAAGAGCGACUAACCAAAGUGGAAUUGGACUUAACUGAUUUUUUUAAAAAAUUUAAUCUCAGCGUGAUGUUAUUAUCUUGAUAUGAAGAGUCUUUUACAUGACAUUUGUUUUAUGGCAACAUGAAUAGAUUAAAAAGAUGUCAAAUUCAUAGUGUUAAAUAUCUUCUUAAAAAAAAUACUUAUUUGAAUGGUUCGAGUGUGUUUGUUCAAUAGAAAGUGAUUAUAUAAUCAUUUUACUCUUAUUGUUCUAUCAUUGAAUACAUAGUUUUCCCGAAACAGGGAACUUCUCGAUUGAGGCUCUGAUACCACCGAGUUAACCCUCUAUGCUUCAUCCAUUUUUUAUUUCUUAAUUUUGAUGGAGUGAAUGCUAUUGCUUUUUUGUUUUCGCUAUAUUUUUCUUAAUCGAUGCAACGUGCUACAAUUUACAAUAAUAAGUACUAAGAUCAAACACA